UAAAACGCUCGAGGCUUGGAGAGAGCUUCGCGAGGACUGCGACGAUGAUGGUGCGAACGUACGGCCGCCGUAAGCCAGGCACGCCGAGAACUCUCUCCGACUCCAUGGACGACGUCGUUUCGCAGAGCGAAUACCUCUCCUCGUCUUCUUCACCGGACACAGAGCCUCGUGAAUUCUCGGCUAUCCCUUUUUCCAGUCAGGAUUCGUCGUCUCUUUGGCAUUCUUCAUCUUCCAGAUCCAAUUUCCUGGAGGAUUUCUCCCAGAACGGCGUCGUGAGGAGGUCGAAGAGAUCCAGAAACGAAGAGUCUUGUGCCUUGACUUCGACGUUAAUGGAGGCUCAGGAGUUCGGGGAGAUGAUGGAGCAUAUGGAUGAGGUUAACUUCGCGCUUGAUGGAUUGAGGAGAGGUCAGCAACUGAGGAUUCGAAGGGCGAGUUUGUCUUCUCUGUUGUCGAUUUGCGCCUCUCAGCAUCAGCGACGCCUCUUGAGGGCUCAAGGGAUCUCGAAAUCUAUAAUCGAUGCGGUUCUGGGUCUCAGCCUCGAUGACAUACCCAGCAAUCUUGCCGCAGCUACUCUUUUCUUUGUGCUAACUGCUGAUGAUCAAGAUGAACACUUUAUGGAGUCACACAUUUGCAUAAAGUUUCUGAUUAAAUUGUUGAAACCUGUGAUCGCUACAAGUUCUGUGGGGAAGCCACGGAAUUUAGGAUAUAAACUCCUAUCACUGCUCAAGGAUGUCGACGCAGCACGGGAUACAGCCAAAAUGCAUGAUCCAAGCUCCAGUGAUAUACUCUGCAGAGUUCAGGAAACACUUGUUAAUUGCAAGGAGAUGAGGUUGAUCGAUAACUAUAAAACUGAAACUAUGACACCUGAGUUGAGUAUGAAAUGGGUGGCUUUACUGGCCAUGGAGAAAGCCUGCUUAUCCAAAAUAUCCUUUGAUGAUACCUCUGGUGCUGUGAAAAAAACUGGAGGGAAAUUUAAGGAGAAACUGCGAGAAUUAGGAGGACUUGAUGCCGUCGUGGAGGUUGUAAUGGAUUGUCAUACUGUGAUGGAGCGCCCGGUGGAAAACCACAAUAUUUCUGUUCGAAACAAAAAAGAUGAUGUGAAUAAGCAUAGUCUGAUUUUGCUUCUGAAAUGUCUGAAAAUUGUGGAGAAUGCUACUUUCCUCAGCAGAGAAAACCAGAAUCAUUUACUCGGAUUUAAGAAAAGUGUAGGCUCUCAUGGUACCCGGUUAUCUUUCACCGAGCUUAUGAUAAGUGUCAUCAAGAUGCUUUCAGGCUUCCAACUGCAUAGAGGUUCUUCUAGUGGUCACAGGAACUCAAAGAGUUCUCUCUGUUCAAAUGGAAUUAAUCGUGACUCUAUUUUUGGAGCAGAUUGUGGAGCAAACAACGAGGUUGUGACAAUAAGUUCCGAUGAUACUUGCUCUACUGUUAGCUGUAGCUCCACAAGGAAUGGGGGUGUAUCCCAGAGAAGCCAAUCUGUAGUCCAGUUAGAUUGCUCAGGGACAUCGAUGUUGGGUUCUGAUUCAAUAAAUGAGCCUUGCACAUCAAGGGCAAGAAGAGCCGGUUCUACCAUCUCCAGUUCAUUUGCUGGCAGAUUUAAGUCAUUGGCUAGUGGCAUUUCCAGAAGUAAUGGAAGGACAAGCUCUAGUCUUGGGGGAGAACCCAGUUGUACAAAGUCUGAUAAGUUUGCUUCCCCGGAGGAUAGCGAAGAUCCUUUUUCGUUUGAUUUCGAAGAUUCUGAACCUUCGAAAUGGGAAGUACUAUCAGGAAAGCAAAAGAAACCUAAAGCUCAAAAGAGGAAGGAGUGCCACAAAGGAAUUAAAGAUGAAUUUUCACAUCAGGUUACCAGGAGCCCAGAAGAAUCUAAAUGUAGAUUCAAUUCCCAGGAAGAAUCAAGUGAUAGAGAUUGCCAUAUAUCACACAAUGCAUCUUCUUCCAAUGAUAUGGAUGAAGAAUGUCUCAGUCUUCUAUCUGAUUGUCUUCUCACUGCCGUGAAAGUUCUAAUGAACUUGACGAAUGAUAAUUCUGUGGGUUGUCGGCAAAUUGCUGCAUGUGGAGGAUUGGAAGCCAUGUCAGAAUUGAUUGCCGGGCACUUCCCUUUAUUCAGCAGAUCUCCUCUUUCCGUUGAGACGGAAAAGAUGGGAUCAAACCAUCAGAAAGAAAGACAUCUAGCUGAUCAGGAGCUGGAUUUUCUUGUUGCCAUCUUGGGGUUGCUUGUAAACUUGGUGGAGAAAGAUGGAAUGAACAGGUCACGGCUUGCCACAGCUACUGUUUCUAUUCCGAAUUCAGAAGGUUUGGUAGAAAGUGAACAGGAGGUGAUUCCUCUGUUAUGUUCAAUCUUUCUUGCGAAUCAAGGAUCAGGCGAGGCCAAAGAAGAAACUCCGUUCACCUUGGAUGAUGAAGAAGCUGUCUUGGAAAGCGAGAAAGAAGCGGAAAAGAUGAUCGUGGAAGCGUACUCGGCUCUUCUACUCGCAUUUCUUUCUACUGAAAGUAGAAGCACACGCAACGUAAUCAAGGAUUACCUUCCAAAGGGAAACCUGGCAAUUUUGGUACCUGUCUUGGAUAGAUUCCUGGCGUUUCAUACGACGCUGAAAAUGAUCCCGGAGGAAACGCAUAAGGCGGUGUUGGAAGUGAUAGAGUCAUGCAAAUUGCCAUAGAAACAGAAGAAACAAAAUUCAAGAGAGAGGAUCAUGAUAUUAUGAUGUGUACAUUCUUCUUCUGCAAUGCUGAGUCUGCCCGCCCCCUCCUCCUCCACACUUGGUGGUAGUACACUCUUCUUGUCAUCAUCAUCACCAUCAUCAGGUUCAUUGUAUAAUAUUACUAGUAUUAGUUUCUCCCAUAGUUUUCAUUUUCUCUUCUUUUGGCCUUUUUUCACACUUUGAUUCUUUUGUAGUUUCUUUGAUUUGGGAUUUACAGGAAGCUUGAAGAGUUCAUAUGUAAAAAGUUCAUUAGCACAAAUUGAUAGGUUUUUUCUUUUUCUUUUUCUUUUUGUAAAUUGUUCCAUUCCCCUUGAUUUCAUCCAAGAGACCCAAAAACGUUAGGAAUUGUCCGAAA